AUGAUGCUUCGGUUGCAGACAGUUGAUAAUAACAUCAAAGGCCGAUUGGCUUUGGUGACAGGUUCAAGUGGCGGAAUCGGUUCCGCUGUAGCCAAAGCUCUCGCUUCUGAAGGGUGCGAUGUCGCCCUACACUAUUCCUCAAACAAAGACAAAGCAGACAAUCUCGCGAACGAGCUCAGCAAAUCAUUUCCGUCUCAACUGUUUGUCACUGUACAAGCAGAUCUCUCCCAGAGAGAAUCAACAAGGUCCCUUGUGCCGACUCUGCUUGCCCAGGAUGCCGUAUUCUCCAAACAUAAGGCAGUGUCAGUUUUGGUAGCAAAUGCCGGUUUGGGACGACGAAUUCGGGAUGUCGCAGAUAUCCAAGAAGACGACUGGGAUGAGAUGAUGGAGAUUAACAGUCGAAGUCAGUUUGUGGUUACCAAGGCUUGUGUUGAUGGUAUGAGGAAACAAGGAUGGGGAAGGGUGAUUUUGGUCGGGAGUAUCGCCGCUCGUGGGAGCGGCCUUAAUGGAUGUCACUAUGCUGCCUCGAAGGGAGCUCUUAGUUCAAUGGGUCAGAAUCUGGCGACGUUGCUGGCACCUGAAGGCAUCACGGUCAACACAGUCUCUCCUGCAAUGAUUGGUUCUACGGGAAUGAUUCCUCCUCCAAAAUCAGAGAUAUGGAGCAAAGGAUGUGAUUUGGAAAAGCUCAAGGAAGAGGACACAGGACUUGCAAUUGCUGCCUCCAUCCCUGUUCACAGAUUGGGAUCACCUGAUGAAGUUUGUAAUAUGAUAACUAUGCUGGCGAAGAACGGUGACUCCAGCGGCGUACCUGGAGAUCCUCCAUGUCGUCGUUGCAUCGAAAAGCACCAAGAAUGCGUUCUCGCAACCUCUCGUCGAGGCGGUCGUCGCGUCAAAGGUCAACGCUCUAGUCAUAGUCAAUCGUCAACAGAACCGAUCCGACAAUCACCGAGUAGAAGGCUCAGCCAGAUGAACCCACCGUCACAUCCCAAUAUUCAAAGACGUCCAGAUACUGAGGAGCCUAGUGAAUGGUUGUCUUCGAAUCUUGGAUCAAAUUCGGAAGAUGAAGAGGGAGUGGAAGCGGACGGGCAUGAUUCUGGACAGCUCCAAGGACAUUUUACGUCCUCGGAUCUCCUAAACCCUUCUGAUGCACUCGAUUUGUUGGCUCAUGUUGCCGAUAUGGAACCAGAGGGACAUGAUCCUGACAGAACUCAAGACGAAGGCGGACAAACCGAGCAUCGAACAAGUGUCGCUGGCGCAUCUCAUGGCGCCUGCAACUAUCCACCCAUAGAAUCAGGAGCACUGACACUUUCAGAAGCAUCAUUUCUUAUUGAACAGAAUUCUAGCUAUCAUAACAACUUCCAUAUAUUCUUCCCAAUCGCAUACAGCGCCGUGUUCGACUACACCCGCCUCCUCGAGUCACUAGAAAAGGAGCCACACCUUAUCACUGCAAUCUUGACAGUGGCUACAAAGGAUGAUCCCUCUUGGACUAGAGCCCACAACGCAUGCGCCCGAUAUAUGGAGAGCCAAAUCUCAAAGUUGAUAUAUACCGGUUCUACAACUGUUGGUGCCGUUGAAGCACUGUUGAUACUUGCUGAGUGGGCUCCACAGUCACUGGAAGAAGAUCUCAUGAUAGGAUGUGGGAAAGAAGACCAAGGCUCGUGGAUGCUUGUAGGCGUCGCUAUACGUCUUGCAUAUCUCCAGAACCUGGAACAAACUGGGUUGACACAACGAGAUGAAGGUGCGACGAAGGAUCUGAGCAGAAAGAGAAUAGCCUGGGCAGCUUGCUACAUGAGUGACCGUCAAGUUUCGAUCCGACUCGGAAAGGGUUUCUGGUCUCGUGGCCCGGGCCCGUCUGUCAAUCUACGAGCUGCCGACUUUCCGUAUCUUCAGACGCAAACAAUAGGGACCGACAAUUUGGCUUUACUUUUCCAAGCGCACUUGGAGAUGACUCAAUUAUUUAGCAAUGCUCAUGACAUAUUAUACUCAUCAACCAGCCACCGAGAGCAAUUGUACACAGGAGGCGAAUACGAUGACUUUUCUUCUGUUCUUCGCCGGUGGAAGCUAUCAUGGGGUGGUCUUAGCUUUGUGCCCCGUGUUAAAGCGUCCCUGAUGUUAUCUUACGACUUUCUUCGCCUCUAUAUCAAUGCAUUCGCAUUUCAAGCCAACUUAAAUCGCAUUGUCCGCCACCCAAAGAAACGGCCAGCUGGGUCUUUAUUUUCAGAGCUCGCUUCUGCACCAGAUGCGAGAUUCAUAUAUGAAUCGAUAGACGCAGCGAACUCAAUUCUAUGCACUAUCAACAGCUUCAUUGAUCCCACUACUGUCUUCAAAUAUAUGCCCAUCAAAUUCUAUCUCUAUGUCAUAUAUGCUGCUGUAUUCUUAUUUAAGGCUAUCUUCGCUGGAGCUAUAAAGCCACCAGAAGCACGCGGUGUCCGACGGGCCAUAUACGAAACUAUAUCCCGUCUACAGAAAACUUCAGAUAAUCAACAAGGCUUGGGACAGCGCUACGCUCGAUCCCUCAAGCUCCUCUGGUUGAAGAUGUUGGGAAAGUCCAGAUCGCAGGUUUCAAGAACUGGGGGGCUCUCUGACUCCUUAGUCUCAACAAACCAAGCAGCAUCUCAUGCUCCAGUGGAUCAAAGCGAGCCAACGCCAAGUUCUGAUCCUUUCAACAGUUUCUCGUGGAAGGACCUACACUCUCUAGGGGAGUUCAUAUCUAAUGAUGGCGCAUCGCUCUUUAACGACAAUUUCAUCAUCAGCCCGGAACAAGAUUCGAUACAAGGGAUCGAAGGACCUGACUAUAUGAGUGGCAAUCUUUUCUAUACCGACCUGAUGAGUGGAUCUGAUAUCAUAUUCUAA